AUGUCUUCUCAUGAGUACCUUGACUUGUGCCACGAGGUUCACAAUUUAUUCUUGGGGCACCUGAAGCGGAAAAACAGCGAGAGUCUACGUUUCGCCACCCGCGAGACACCGAAAAGUGUCUUGAGCCCGCACUAUCUCCGACUCUUUUUCCACAGCCUGAUCGGCGGAGAGACACCCAAUGAACGCCGAUUUUCCAUUACAGAGAACCAAUUUGUUGAAAAUGUACAGGGUAGGGAGUUACACAAAUUCCUCGCAAUACUCGUCUUUGCCGGCUGUCGUAUAGAGGCAGCCAGGAACUUCACAGAGAAGCUAGCUGCUGUUACCGAGUGGCCGCCGCCCGAGGACUGUGAGAUCUCUAGGCGCGUGUGUUCGUUACCAGCCGACCGUCAAAGCUUGACGGAGUUCUUUGACGGGGACGAGGCGACAGCCGAUAAGUUCUAUGGAUCACAGGCCCUAUUCUGUACGGUGGUGCUUCGGCAACGAGAGGAGACUACGAUACAAGACGGUGAUACCCAGCGCCUACCGUACGUGGAAGAGGAGCUUCUGGGCUCGGGCUCAUUUGGAAGAGUGUACAAGGUGAAGAUUGCCAAGGGGCAUUUCGAAGACCGCCGCAGAAAUGACAACAGGGAACGAUGGGUGGCUCGGAAAGACUACAUUGUCAGGUCGUCUUCGGAUUCCGAUGUUGAAAGUAGGGAGGAAGGCGAGAUCAUGAAGAUGAUUCUCAGCUUGUCAAAGACGUGCGAGAACAUUAUGGAGAAUCUGGGGACGUUGAACAUCGAGUACCCAACGGGCGCCAGCCCGGCGCCGUACAGCCUCUUCAUGCCGCUCGCGGUCUGCGACCUGGGAGCGUACAUGAAAAAAGACGGUUCGAACGCUCCAAAGACAGCUAUCAACAGGGCGGGCUUCAUUCGGUCCGCAAUCGGUCUCGCCAACGGUCUCAAGUUUCUUCACGAAGAAAUGCAGACGCCCGGCCUCGACAGGAUCGUCUGUUACCACAUGGAUCUGAAACCGAGCAACGUCCUCAUUUUUCGAGAAAGCGGCAAUGGCGAUGGGACCGGGCCCCGCUAUAUCUGGAAGUUGAGUGACUUUGGCAUGUCAAGGGUCAAGAUUCGACAUCACACCAGCCGUGAGGAAGAAAAGGAUAUCGCCAAAUGGUUCACCAAACGACGCGAUAUGCAGCAGAGGACGAUGUCAGGAACACAGAAUCGACGCGGCCAGGGGACGUAUCUACCACCCGAGUCGUUCCGUGAGGGUAAAGUCAUGAAUACGAGAAGCGACGUGUGGUCACUGGGCUGCAUUCUGAGCGUCCUCUUCGUUUAUCUCGAGGGCGGAAAGAGCGCCAUCGACAAUUACGAGACCAACCGUCUCAAAAACCGUAGAGGCAUCGAUGCAAGCUACGACGUCUUCUUCCACGUCAAAUCAUUCGGACGCACUUCUGUGCAUUCGGCUGUAAAGAAUGUUCAUAAGCAACUAAUUCACAAAGCUGCCGCGAGAAGCGUGAAAGAACAUCAUGCAGUCCGGAGCAUGCUCAGUUUUCUCGGGUCCAAAGUAUUGAAGAUUAAUCAGAACAAGAGAUGCAGCGCAAAAGAGGUCGAAAAUAUGCUGCGACGCACGCUCGACGCGUAUGAGGAGAUUGAUCGGCUCGAAUCUUCCUCAGAGUCUUUGAGACCGCCCAAAUCCUCUAUGGAGCAGAUUGUGCAAAGAUGGCGCAUCCCGCGAGACAAUUCUGAUGUUUUCAAGGGUUGCAAGGUGUCACCGGAUGGAAGUAUGAUCGCGUACUGGAGCGACAGCAAGAUUUCACUCUUUGCCCCAAGUUCUGCCGAGAACGCAGAUGGAGAAUUCCUAAAGGUACUCGGGGAUCACUCUUUGGAGUCUUUGGGAUCGACGAGCCGUUUUUGGAAAGCUAUUUGCUUGACUAACAGAUAUCUGAUUGCCACAACCACGGGUAACAUCUUCAACUGUUACAUAUUCGAUCUAGGGCAAGGGGCUACAGCCGACUCAAGCCCACAGAACCAUUGGCACAUUCGGCUUCCAACCGUUCCGGAAGUAUACAUCAUGGCGAUGUCAACCGAUCAACAGAACUUGGUCUUCGUAGUGGAGAACCAGGAAGACGAGAGCCUAUCGGGAUCCAUAUUCCAUGUGAGAAUCGAGGAUCUGAUAGAGAUGGGAUCUAUCUCAGAGGGAUAUGAGAUAGAACAGUGUGGCAGAAACCUGUUGGGCCGCUUCAUCGCACUCGACUGGCCUGCCGAAGAUGUGAUGUCUUUAUCACUCACCAGCCAGAACCGCUGCUACGCGGCGAUUCGCCCGUACCUUAGAAACGAUGACAUACAUCAAAUGCCUGUUGUUUCAUAUUCUCUGACAACACGAGAUAUAGAGGAAGUAUCCAUCGAGCCGCGGAGCCAAGAGAGCAACGGCUCAAGUCUAUUCACGACAUUUGCUGGUCUACACCAACAGGCAACUUGUAUUAUCGUGUCCCGAGAAACCCGUCUUUUCACCGUUGAUCUGCUAGCGAACUCAUCUAACUCACCGACGAGGCGAUCCCGAUACCCCAACAACAUUGAAGGUUACCGCAUCCUCAGAGUCAUGGUCAACCAGAACGACGAUGCCAUUUUCGCACUGGGAAUCAAACGAGAUGGUGGUCGGAUUCGUCUGCUUGAGAUCAUAAUACCCGAGAUGGGACGCCCGGUGUCUGUUCGCGAAUUGGCUCAGCUACCCAGUCUAUCUGAAGACGACGAGUUCACCGGCAAUAUCGUUGGCGAUGACGGCAGCAGACAUAUCCUCGUCACUGCCCUUGUGGGACCCAGUCGGCACGCCGUCUUCGAGAUUAACCUCCCUGGCAGCCACGCUACAUCCGCAGGCCCGGGGCGUUCCACCUGA